AUGAUGAAUUAUAUCUCAUAAUUUGAUGAAAAUAGUAGUUUGCUAAAAUCACCUAUAGUUUAAUAUAGAUAAGGACUUUUUAGAAGAAAUGAUAGUAUGAAUUAUUCAAAUUCUUUUAGUUAUUCUGGAAAUAUUUAGAAUAAUAAUUAUUAAAUAAAUAGGAUUGCUUGUACAACAUGAAGGACCAUAUUUAUUAUAGUAAGAUUCAUAAGGAUUUUAUUGA